AGGCUCCACGUGCUACCCACGUGGCGCCCGGGCACAGCUGACGGACAGUGCGCUACAGUGGGCUACAGUGGGCGAGCAUGUGCAGCAUGGAGCGGUGCUCGUGCCUAGGCGGCAAGGGCCAGGGGCUGCAGGCGACGAGAGCGGUGCACCCCGGGGCACUGAUCUACUCCUCGAAGCCCUACGCCUGCGUGGUGGUGAAAGGCAGCCACGACACGGUGUGCGACCACUGCCUGGCGAGGAAAGACAGUCGCUUGCUGCGAUGCUCGCACUGCAAGUUUGCCUACUACUGCAAUGCAUCCUGCCAGAAAGGCGCUUGGACGGAGCACAAAUCUGAAUGCCGCUGCCUCAAGAAAGUCGCUCCAAACAUCCCCACGGACAUGGUGCGCCUGGUGGCACGGAUUCUCUUCAAGCUGGCUCGGCUGAAUUCAAAGCCAUGCCCAUCAGAGGAGUUCUACUCACUACAGCAACUGCAAUCUCAUACUGACCAGAUGAGUGAACAGAUGCGGAGCGGCCUGGAACUGCUUGCCAACACACUGCGAAUGUACCUGGAGGGGGAAGACCUGGACUGGAGCAGCCUGCUUCCUGCCGACAACGUCAUGCAGCUGCUCGGCAAGAUCACCUGCAACAGUUUUUCGGUGUGCGACGGCGAAUUUCAAGAUCUCGGUGUCGCAAUUUACCCGAGUUUGUCUUUGCUGAACCACAGCUGCGACCCGAGCUGCGUGGUCGUCUUCGAGGGCUCGACGAUGCUUCUGCGAGCAAUGCGGGACAUUCCGGCAGGAGAAGAGCUCUGCAUCAGCUACAUCGACACGCUGUCUCCGAGCCGCACGCGCAGGCAGGAGCUGCUGCGGCGCUACUAUUUCACCUGCCAGUGCAGCCUCUGCGAGCAAGGCCUGGGGGAUACAGACAUGGAGAAUGGCGACAAGGAAGUAGUUGAAGCCAUUCGAAGCCUCAUGUUGAAAAUCGAUAAAGCAAACGCGGAUGUCAGUCAGCAGGAGGCUCUGGCGCUGUGCGAGGCCAUGCUGCAGAAGGCCGCGGCAGCGCAAGUCCCCAGCAGCAACGUGCAGUACCUCAAGUUGCUCGACUACAUGUGCAGCGCCUACAUUGACACCCAUCAGUGGAGCAAGGCACUGAGUUCUGCACGGGAGGCCGUGCCCUUCUACAGGCAAUAUUACCGGCAGGCACAUCCGCAGUUAGCUGUGCAGCUGAUGAAGAUAGGGAAACUGGAAAAUUAUCUCCAUCAGUCGCAGAAAGCAUUCGUCACGUUCAAGGAGGCCUUUCAAAUGAUGUGCAUGACGCACGGCAAGGAGCACUCUCUCUGCCGGCGUCUCGAGCGGCUGCUGAGCGAGUGCGAGCGUUGCCAGCCGCGAGCGGGCGCAGCCCUUUCUUUCAUCGCGCCGUGAAGUCGCGGCGAUGGGGGAAGCGCCGCCAAGGGCCAGGAGCGCUGCCGUAGGACGCCGAACGGGGGGGGGGGGGGGCGGCGCCGCACCUGUGCCUCGCUCGCCUUCUCUUGCCGCCUCGUGCGAAAAGACACAGGGAGCGGUCAAAGGGUGCGGUAGCUCUUUUUAUCCCAUUACGAUUCGCUGGCCUGCGUACUUGCACAAACUGUUGUCGAGAAAGUUGCGAAUUUUAAGAAAAAUAACUUUAGCCGUGAAGUGUUCCCCCUCCCCAAAUUAGUUUUAAUCUAUUCGGGCUAUGACGCUGGAAAUAAAUAGAUUUUUUGCGAGUUGUUUAAGCUCAACUUUAGAACACGCGUUGUGCUGAACAUUCGGCCACGGCAGCAUCCGGAGCUCGCCGGAUCGUUUCUUCAAAUCCUGUCCACUCGUCGGUAAGAAUUGGGUACACCGCCACAGGGGAAUCUGCAGGUCGUGUGUGGUGGGUUAGAGCGAAUGGGUACUCUCACCUCCAAGUAGUCUGGUGAACAUGGAAGAGAAGGCCCGUUAACCUCUUUAAAAGGGCCUAGAGCUCCUUGUAGUGGAAGUUCCUCUGGCAGCAGGUGGCGUAAGCAAAUAAUUUCAGGGCUGCACCUCUAGCUUUGACGUUGAUACGAAAUAAAUACCUCUUUGCAGAUGCCUUUCAAAAACGACUUUUGGCAGCUGUGGAAAUGACCACCGGUCUGUCCUUCCUGUACAAACUGCCCCCAUUCCAAGUCUGCUGGUCGCUAGGCUUUCUCAACGUUCCUUCUGCAAUGUUUCUGGCAACGUGGCUAGACUAAGCGAUGGAAACGUUGCGGGAAAGUUGGCCGCCCACACCCGAAAGAGCCCGGCGGAGCUUUUGGUGAAAGUGUGCGGUGGUCGGCGCUGCCGUGCCGAGUGCACGCUUGCUUCACGCCCUGCCGCCGGGAACGCGCGGGAAGGCGACUCCGCGUGGCUGAGAGAUGGGGCUGUGGUAGCGCCAGGCGUGAUUGAACUCGUCAGCAGUUCAGCCGAUUUUAAACAUUCCUAGGAUUGUUGGGUGUUUAAAAAAAUUAAAAUCUACAGUGCUUCUCUUGGGUGGUUCAUAAUAAAUUUGGUGCGACUUCGUUAAGCCGAGUGGUUACCUGGAGAGGAAAGAAAAAUACAAGAUAAUCCCAAGUACCACAUCCUCUUUUGAGCUGUAAAUUAACGUGAGCUUGCCACGAAAUUGAGAAUUUUAAUUCCCAGAGAGAGCAAUUAUAUAAAAGACAUAGAAUGUAAAGGUGCAGGCAUGCUCUUGCUUGCUCGAGCCACUGCUGGCGGUGAGGCCUCCACUUGGCAGCGCUCCAGAGAGCCACUCGGAGAGGGUAGUUUGGCCUCCUCUCCAGGCUGAAUAGAUGUUUUGCAAGAGGUGGGAGUCCCCACGAUUUUCCCCACUAAACAUGGCAUGUCGAUCGACGUGUACGCUAUGCAUAGGUCUUGUUUGGUGGGCGAAGUGGUCUCGUGGUGUGGGUCGUACGCUGCGCGCAGUGAACCUGGCGACUUGAAUUUGUCUCCUGGCCAUGGCUAACGUCAUUGGUGAGUGAAAUCCGAACCGGUCCUGGGCUCCCUUUCACCAACCCACACUGACCAGUGUGGUGAAGUAUGGUCAAGCUAACCCGCAUGACUGACAACACUGGUGGAUUGAUAAAGCCUCUUAUAUAUAUACACUUCACGGUGAUCUCGAGGUUUACGUUUUUGAUAUAAUAAAAAAACACAUUUUGAGAUGAAGCCAAGAAGGGGGCCUUCUUCCAGGGCGAGAUACUUUAUUGGCCUUUCGUGGAAUUUGAAGCGAAGCCGACGGCAACGCCCCUGCACUUUAUUGGGGAGUGCCAGGGGAUUGGAUAUUUUUACACGGGCGCGAAGCUGGCAGAAGUGCAGUUCGGUGCAGUCGGCGCCAAUAAAGUGCUCUCGCUUUGAUGAAUACAUCAGCGGUGCAUUGUUUCAAAUAGUCAUGUACAGUAAAGCAAGUUUUUGAUGGAUUAGAUAUAUUCGGUGUUAAUUUAAUUUAAUUGGAUUAAUACGUGAAUUACUUCUUCCUCCAAAGGGAAGGUUCAGCUUUAGUCUGACUUGUCAGUGAAUGCACAGUGGAGCACAUUUUCGGAACCACUAAAUAAUUGGGGUGGAGAGAUGGCCCAGUGUUUAGCGCUGUGCAACAUGAACCCGGUGAGCUCGGUUCGAUACCCGGUCACGGUUGACAUCGGUGGCGAGUGAUAUCUAGAGCCGGCUGGUGGCCCCCACCUCGCCCCUACCCACUUCUCUUCGCUAAUCCACACUCAUCAGCAUGGUGAAAUAUGGUCUUACAAACACCAUAAUCGAUAGCAUGGGGGGAGACUCAUCCAGAUGUGCAUUGAGGAUUUAAAAAUACUCUUUUAAGUCAACGAAAUGGAUAAUGGCGAUGCAAAGCUCGCUUGCUUCGUCAACAAUUUCAGCAUCUUAAACAGUGAGAUGCCAUGGUAAUGCAAUCAGUAUCCUUGACUCAAUCUUAACAGCUGUCACUUCUAUGGUCUUGUAAAAACGUUUUUUAAUCCUUUAUUAAGUUAAUUUGCUUGCUUGCUUGCGCGCUUACGACCGUGCAAAUCUUUCGGUCGUUUUUUAACCCACUUCCCGUGAUCCAAUCGAGCUGACAUUUUCCACACAGACUCGUUGUGCGUGACAAUUUAUUUUCGUGAAAAUUUCUUUCCAUAACUUUACACUUUUUAGGAAUUUUUUUUUAUAUUUAAUUACCAAUUGCUUAAUGGUGGCAGGCAAUCAUCUGACCCAUAGGUGGCAGCCAUCUCAAGCCAGAGGACGAGAGAACUCUAGCCGCCACGCAUAUAAAGGAUUUAUAGUGAAAAAUUUUGUUUUUACAGGUUAAUUUUUUUUCAAUCGAUCAUUGAAGGCCUCUCCAUGCCACGUUGGUCAUGGGCUUGUGAAUGGGGCGCGCAAGGACCUGCUCAGAUCGUCGCUGAUCACUCCGCUGCGGUCUGACCUCGAACUCGCGCCGUUGGCUGCGUAGCGCAGCGUGUAAGCCACUGCGCCAUCCCUCCAUGCAUGGGUCGGUGAACUAAGUGUGUAUUGGCACACUUGGGUUUUGUGCUUUAGUUUAAUGUUCACAUAUUAAUGAUGCCAAUAUACCAUGUUCUAAUACUUUGUAAAAGCAUGUUGUCUUUGUUUUUUUUUUACAGAUUCUUUGUAAUAAAUU